GCGUAAAUUUGUAAAGGAUAUUAUUAUUGACGACAAAGAUUCAGAGAACCCUUGUUGUGGUUAAAAAGAAAUCAUGGAAGUUAAAAGCCGGAACAUUACAAUAUUUUGAAAUAAGGUGGAACAUUAGAAUUAUUUUGAAACAGGGAGAGGACAGGGCGUUAAUGAUCAAGAGAUAAAAAGGCUCCUCAGUUGGAAUUAGUGUGCCUGAAGCUAAUGAAAAACUGUUUGAUUGCCUCCCUCGUCAGUGAUUUAGGAGGAAAUUUUCUGAGAUUUUUACAAGAACCAGAGUCAGGAAACUGUGUUUUAUGGAAAAGCUGUAACCGAAACUGUGAGAUAUUGUGCUCAAGUUGCAGUGUCAUCGGAUUGUGAUCAUUUUCGUGAACGGUAUAAAAGGUGAUGGACAAGGACUUUGUUGAAACAAUUUAUGUGGAUAAUUACUACUCUGGUACUUUAAUUUCGACACCCUGGAAUCAAUUGCAUUGAUCAUGUUGAUUAACAAGACCAUCUGCAGAUGAAUAUACUUCCAUUAGAUGCCCAAGAUAUUAUGUUUAAGAUUUCUAUCUACCGGAAUCAACAUAAAAACUUGGCAACAUUCUGACGAGUAAGGAUAGAAUAAUCUCCAGUGAAAUUAAAAAAAAACGGAAGUUAUAUUUUGCGAGUAUGUGUUAAACUGGGGGCGAGAAAUGUCAAUUUAAGAACAUAGACUGUGAUACCUUGUUUAUGGAGAAAAAGCAUGAUUCUGGGCGCUUGUGUGUGCUGUAUAGAGUACAGUCUAUUUGUAAGAGAAACCAGUCAACUUUAAGGUUUCCAUGGAUACAAAAUGGCUGCCAUAUAUCUUAUUUUCCUGUGUUCAUUUUUAAUCAGUCAUGAAACUUUUGGAUUAGAUUAUCAGGAAUAUGGAAGAAAUAAAAACUCUUUCCUGGAAAAGACGGAAAUUGAAAAAUAUUGGAAAAGAAUAAAACUAAUAAAACGUUCAGUCGAAAAUAAUAUUGGAGAAAAUGAUGCAAAUUCAGAUUUAGUAACAACAACUUCUGCAAAUUCAAUAUAUAAUUAUGCCCCAGGAUCAGGAAACAACAACAACAUAAGUGUUAAACCAAUGAAUUCAAGUGCAAAUUCUGGCGAAAAUCAAAAUGAUGAAAACUCACUACCCUCUCCACAAAUAGGUGAUACAUCAAACCAGGGUAAUCAUAAUAAUGAUCUGAAUUCUCAAAACUCUAGCAAUACAAGUAACCAAAUAAAUGAUAUUGAUUCAAUGAUUAUCUCAGGAAAUAACACUGUAAAUAACAAUAAUAAUUCAACUGCCAUAUCACAAAGUGCAAUAUCCUCAUCCAACCAUAGCAGUGAAUAUGUUCGCGAACAUGCUCUAUCCACAUCACAAAAUGAGACUAAAAAUAACACUGUUGACAAUUUCGCUACACCAGUAACUUCAACAAGACAAAGUGCCUCUAAUGCAAUUCUGAGUACCACAGAUAAAAUGGCUAAUAUGCUUGGUGGAAACAAUUUAAAUACUUCUCCUCCACCUACUCAAGUGGAUAACAAAAUGAAUAACGAGAUCCCAGAAAUGUCAACACAAGUGAGCCCGUUAAUACAAACUACCUCAGCUGCACAAAAUAUUAUUACAACCACUCCGCUUACAACGAUUCCUAUGCAGAAUGAAAUAAUUACUGAAUCGUCUGUAAAUUUUACCACAACAGUAAAGACUACGAUUGAAUCAAAUGAAAACAAUAGCAAUAUUUUUCCAACUUUGGCCUCAACAGCGUCUAAUGAAACUUUAAAGGAUUUGCCUCAAGGAAACAAUGAAACUGUCUAUAAUAGCAGCAAUCCAGCCAAUGUGGUUCCUGAAAAUUCUCCAAAACCAACUUUAAGUGCAGGAACUGAUAAAGUGACUGACACAGCUGUUACAGCUGAACCAGAAACAAACAAUGAAACCAUCACCAAUGCUCCUGAUUUUGAACCAGAGCCUGAACCAGAGCCUGAAAAUAAUUCAACUGUUGUGGAACCAGAGCUUACAAGUGAACCUGAAGGCAGUAGCAAUGAUACUGAGAUUGCAAAUCCAGAAACUACUGUACAAACAGUAACCAGCAGCAUUAAGCAAGGACUUAAUUCAUCAAGUAAUCAAGGCAGCACUGAUUCUCCAAAUGUUGGAAUAACUACUCAGAAUACAAUUAGCAAUAAUUCAACUGAUACAGAAAGUGGUCCUGAGCCUACAGGAGAACCUAAUAAUAAACUAACAAAUGGAACUGUUGAACCUGAACCAAGUGCUAAACCAGAACUUACAGAUUCACCAGUUACUAAUUCAUCAACAUCUGAACAAAGUGGUAAUGCUGAGCCUACACCUGAAACAGAGGAAACAACUACAUCAAGUACAAUAAGAACAACUACUUCAAAGGUAGAAGUAGAUGUAACCCCUGAACCAGAAAGCGAAGCAACUUCUGAACCAGAACCUGAAAAUAGUACUAAGUCAGAUAACAUUGGUAAUACAACAACAGUGUCGAGUAAUCCUUCAACACUUAAACCAACAACAGUUGUAACAACUGUUGAAAAAGUACCAGAAACAACAAUUAAACUAACAACUGUUGAAAUAGUAGCAGAAACAACAAUUAAACCAAAAACUACCACAAACCCCGAGCCUAGACCAGAGACAAGUCAUGAACCAGUGACUAGUGCUCACCCAGAACCAUCAGAAAAUGUCACUACAGGUAGUGCUAUUGUAGAACCUACUGCUGAACCAGAAAUAUCUAGUUCAACUGAAAAAACACAUACGGGCAAAAACAAACAGCUUGUGAUAUCUAUUUGUGUUCUACGUGCCACAUAUUUAAUGGUGGAUGCUUAUAAUUCAUUGGGAACAUUUCCAUUCGGUUUGGAUUAUUUCAUUUACAGUACAGCAUUUCCAUGUAUGACGGCAUUAUUCAGUAUAUUAUUUUACGCUUUACUUCUUGCUACAAGAGUGCGGGCCAUUUCUAAAAAAGUUCAGAAACUAUGGGUGCUAGUUUUAAUUGUGUCAUUGCAUUUCUUAUUAUCAAUAGCUACAGAUAUAGUUGUUGGAUUAUUUUCAAGUGCUUCAGUAAUGAUAUUUAUAUGUCAAGCAUUUUUCAUACUAUGGGGAUUAUUGAUGUUCGUAGGGUAUUUGGUGUUGUUUCGAAAACUAUAUAAAGGUGCUAUGACACAUCAGAAGCUAAUGACGGGAAGCCCCAAUGAGUAUAAACAUAACACGUCUCAUACAUAUCAAGUCAAGCCUACUAAACAGAGGUACACACUCUGUCUUGCAGUGAAAAUUACGUUCAUUUCGGCAUUUUUCGGUGUUGCUAUAAUAGGAUUUGAGCUUUACGGGAUGUUCGGUGUGUAUGGUGUGCUGAAGUUUGAGACAAAGCCUGAUCCAUGGCCUUGGUGGACAUAUCAUACUAUUGUGAGAAGUUUGGAAAUUUUAAUGUGCUUAGGUGUUGCAUAUGUUGCUAGUCAACCGUUGAGAUAUAAAAUGAAGAAAGAUAUUAAUCAUAAGAUAUACGAUUAUUUAUUACCGUGUAGUAUGUGCUGUUGUCCGAACAAACUGGAUCAGAAUGAAGUAUUCAGCUCUUCAAUAAGUUUGGAUUUUGUUGUCUCAGAAACAGACCAUUUAAGCUGGUUGAAAAAAAUUAGGAACAAGUCGCCUUCUCCGAAGGCCCCAUAUCCUCCGCACACAGCAGAAAAAUAUUCUGAUCCCGAUGCGACAUUAUUAGUUCGUAAAAUAAAACGGACUAGUAAACCAUCAAUGUUGGUGGUUGAGGAUGGUUUUGUAAGAAUACGACGGGAAGAUGAAAAUUUACCAUCAAACCAGUAUGAACUUGAUUCUCGAUCGUCUCAUUCCAGUGAUAUGAAUGUGGGACCAGAUGGGCAAAAUACGGGUGCUUUAACAAAUGUUGUGAAUUUGAAUUACACAGGUCAUAGUAGUCCAAAUGUUGGACAUGAAAAUGUGCCGGGUAUAAAUUUCGAGAACUAUUUACUGCAGGGAAGUGCUUCAAAUCAAGGAUAUAUUGAUAAUGAUGAAAGUGCUGAUGAAACUGAUAUAGAUAUUGUUGUGACCGAGAGUGAACAGGAGAGUGAUAAUCAAGAUAUUCCUGAAAGUGCCGAGAGUGGUGCAUCAAAUAAAAGUGCAGAUAUAUUUAGGCCACUGUCAAUGAUUGAUUUGGCAGCAAGCAUGGAAUCAGAGUUAGACAGAGCAUUUCAUUCCAACUGUGUGGAAGAAGCAGACGUUAUUUCGCACAAUAGUUUACCCCCAUCAUUUGAUAGGUAUGAUAAAAAUUCAAGUGAUUGUGCUUUUAAUGAAAGUCUUUGUGACAAGUAUUGUGAUAAUAACGCUGGGGGUGCUGUGUCAAACCUUGAUUCCACAAACUAUUCGUCAGAUUCUGCCGACGACCAGGGUAAAUCAAGUGAUGCACGAUUAAUGAGGCCCCUCGUGCGGAGAUGUAAGAGUGAUGACUCUAAGUCAAGUUCACCCAAGUAUAAACAUUUUGAAAAAAACAAGUACUUCUCGGUUUCGAGUGUGGAUACAAUAGGGAAAGAUGAAGAAUUUACUACACACUAUGGUUCUAAUGGAGAAAUGCGAACCGAAUUAUGAUUUGAUAUGAUAACAGUUAGUUUAAACUGCAGAAGUGCGAGUAAUUGUAUAACGAUGAUAUAUUAUAUAAAGCUAUGAUAUUAAAUCUAUUAGUCAAUUGUACCGUAUUUGUACAUGUAGAUAAAAUCUACAGUCAUGUCUCCUAUUCCAUUAUUUAGUGUUUCCAUUUUUGAUAUUUUGACAUUAUAUGUAUUCAUUUAGUACUUUUUGAGAUUAAAUUUUUUUUACAUAUGUCUAUACUGCAUGGUACUUUUGCAUGAAUAAUUAUACCCCCGCACAACAAAGUUGUAAGAGGGGUAUACUGGAAUCAGCUUGUCCGGCCGUCCGUCCGGCCGUCGGUUUUUUCUUGUCCGCCCAAUAACUUAAGAUUCCUUUGACCCUUAGUCUUCAUAUUUGGCAUGGAGGUUAGUCAUGAUUAGUAGAUGACCCCUAUUGAUUUUGAGGUCACUAGGUCAAAGGUCAAGGUCACAGGGGCCUUGACUUCAAAAAGCUUGUCCGCCCAAUAACUUAAGAUUCCUUUGACCCUUAGUCUUCAUAUUUGGCAUGGAGGUUAGUCAUGAUUAGUAGAUGACCCCUAUUGAUUUUGAGGUCACUAGGUCAAAGGUCAAGGUCACAGGGGCCUUGACUUCAAAAAGCUUGUCCGCCCAAUAACUUAAGAUUCCUUUGACCCUUAGUCUUCAUAUUUGGCAUGGAGGUUAGUCAUGAUUAGUAGAUGACCCCUAUUGAUUUUGAGGUCACUAGGUCAAUGGUCAAGGUCACAGGGGCCUUGACUUCAAAAAGCUUGUCCGCCCAAUAACUUAAGAUUCCUUUGACCCUUAGUCUUCAUAUUUGGCAUGGAGGUUAGUCAUGAUUAGUAGAUGACCCCUAUUGAUUUUGAUGUCACCAGGUCAAAGGUCAAGGUCACAGGGGCCUUGACUUUAAAAAGCUUGUCCGCCCAAUAACUUAAGAUUCCUUUGACCUACAGUCGUCAUAUUUGGCAUGGAGGUUAGUCAUGAUUAGUAGAUGACCCCUAUUGAUUUUGAGGUCACCAGGUCAAAGGUCAAGGUCACAGGGACUUUGACUUCAAAAACUUUGUCUGCCCAAUAACAUUAGAUUCCUUUGACCCACAGUCGUCAUAUUUGGCAUGGAUGUUGAUCAUGAUUAGUAGAUGAACCCUUUUGAUUUUUGAGGUCACUGGAUCAAAGGUCAAGGUCAUAGGGACUUUGACUUCAAAAAGUUUGU